CGAAGCAUUUCUAUCGUUCAAAGAUAAAAAUUGUAAAAAAUACUUUGGGCCGCUUUGGCAAUUGAAGAAAAGUAAUAUAUUCGGACGUAACUAAUAAUUUUGUAUAAAUCGCGUAGAUAAGAUUUGAAAAAUUUCAAAUAUCACGCGGGCGUAUAGUCGAAAGGAAAAUUGGGAGUUUUCAAGCCUGUAAUAAAUUUUACUUUUGAGGCAGUGAACCCGUAAAAGUUACAAGUGUUGAGACUGUUAUGAUAAGUGGGAAGAAUUAAAAGAAAAAAAAAAGAUCUGUUGCGUUAAAUGCACACAUCUUUUAGUUUUCUUGACGUAUAUUCGAAGCUUGUGGUCUUAAUCUUUAAUGGCGAUAGUAUAAUACUAGGAAAUAGAGAGCAGAGAGUAAGAUGCAGACAAUAAAGUGUGUUGUGGUCGGAGAUGGAGCUGUGGGAAAGACUUGUCUUUUGAUUUCAUAUACGACAAAUAAAUUUCCUUCAGAAUAUGUGCCUACUGUUUUCGACAACUAUGCUGUAACGGUAAUGAUAGGCGGUGAUCCAUAUACGUUAGGAUUAUUUGAUACCGCUGGCCAGGAGGAUUACGAUAGACUUAGACCUUUAAGUUAUCCGCAAACAGACGUAUUUCUGGUCUGUUUCUCAGUCGUUUCACCGUCGUCAUUUGAAAAUGUUAAAGAAAAGUGGGUUCCAGAAAUAACUCAUCAUUGUCAAAGGACUCCGUUUCUCCUAGUUGGUACUCAGAUUGAUUUACGAGAUGAUGUUGCUACUAUAGAGAAGCUUGCAAAAAAUAAGCAGAAACCUAUUUCAGCGGAACAAGGAGAGAAACUUGCGAAAGAGCUAAAAGCUGUGAAAUACGUAGAAUGUAGCGCUCUGACACAGAAAGGUUUAAAAAAUGUAUUCGACGAAGCUAUAUUGGCAGCAUUGGAGCCUCCAGAACCGGUGAAGAAAAGAAGGUGUAUGCUUUUGUAAAGCAUUUUACUGAUUUUGCAAUACAGUGUCCCUGACUAUGAAGUAACAACAUUAAAAUGUAUCAGGUGAUUAUCUCCUCUGUAGUAGAUUAACGAUAGGAGGAAAUCUAACGUCUCUACGACGUAGAAAGGAGUAUUCAUUGGAGGGGCGUAUUAGAAGCCGCUUAUAUGAGCGCGACAACUGCGGUUUGCCUAUGCGUUUCCUACAUUUGACUAUUUUCAUCUGUGUAUACAUUCCAUAAAAUAAUCUUAUGUCUUGGCCUUAUUUUUUUUUUUCUUUUUUUCUUUUUGUUUCUUUUUUUCUCUCUUUUUUUCUUCUUCAAAUAAAAUUAACAAUUAAUCGACAAGAUCGGAUAAUCCUUGUUGAGAUGCAUAGCACAAAGAACAUAUUUUCUUCUCUUUUUUGCUUUUUAUUUUGGGAAAAAAAAAAAAAAAAAAAAAAAAAAAAUAAAAAAAAAA